AAAAAAACUUCUUCCAUGGCUUUGUUUCUUUCUCUUUGUCUUGUGUUUUUGUUCUCUCUCUGCAACGGUUCUGCUUCUGAAGCUAUCAGUACUCUGCAUCUUGAUGGGCUGCUCCCAAAUGGCGACUUUGAAGAAUCACCCGCGAAAGCAAACCUCAAGAAGACGGUGAUCGUAGGGAAAUACUCUCUCCCGAAAUGGGAAAUCAACGGCUUGGUGGAGUACGUCUCGGGAGGGCCGCAGCCCGGCGGCUUCUUCUUCGCCAUUCCUCGCGGGGUUCACGCGGUGAGGCUCGGCAAUGAGGCGUCCAUCUCUCAGAAUUUGACAGUGAAUGUAGGCGCAAUCUACUCGCUCACCUUUGGAGCCACGAGGACCUGCGCACAAGACGAGGUGCUCAGGGUCUCAGUUCCCGGUCAGUCGGCAGAGCUUUCGAUUCAGACCAUUUAUGACAGUAAUGGGGGUGACACUUAUGCUUGGGCUUUCAAGGCAACUUCUAAGGUUGUUAAGGUGAGCUUUCACAACCCUGGGAUUCAGGAGGAUCCCAGCUGUGGACCACUCUUGGAUGCCAUUGCAAUCAAGGAGCUGCCGCCCAUCAAAAUUACUAAAGGUAACCUCGUGAAAAACAGUGGCUUUGAAAUUGGCCCGCACGUGUUCAAGAACUUCUCAACUGGAAUCCUCCUCCCUCCCAAGCAACUAGACCUAAUUUCACCACUCCCCGGGUGGAUCAUCGAGUCCCUGAAACCGGUGAAGUACAUCGACAAGAAGCACUUCUUCGUCCCCUCGGGCCUGGCUGCAGUCGAAUUGGUGGCGGGGCGUGAAAGCGCCAUUGCCCAAAUCAUCAGAACGUUCCCCGACAAGUUCUACAACCUCACAUUCACCAUUGGAGAUGCAAAGAACGCUUGCCAUGGCUCCAUGACGGUCGAAGCCUUUGCCGCUAAGGAAACUUUGAAAGUUCCUUAUGUGUCUCGAGGAAAGGGUGGGUUCGUUACUGCAAGUUUCAAGUUCCGAGCAAUUUUCGCUAGGACCAGGAUAACGUUUUUCAGUGCCUACUAUCACACAAGGCUUCACGACUACGGUCAAAUGUGCGGUCCCGUCUUGGAUGAUGUUAGGGUGUUUCCAGUCUAUUAAUAUAUCAUAGCAAUUUUUUGAAUAAUUUUGAGUUACAAGAUUUAUAUUUCUGUGUGGAAGCAGGGGUUUUGUAACCGCACAAUUUUAAUCACCUAGUAAACUUUCUUAAUUUAGCGAAAGGUCAUGGGAGUCAUAUAUAUAUAUAUAUAUAUAAAGUUUAGUUUUGAUUUA